UCAUCGCAUCAUUUUCAUGGUCGAAAAGGAAGCAUUGAUCACGAACUCGAUUCACCUUCGGCAGUUGAAUUAACAGAAGAAGAAUAUUAGAAAGUAAAAACUCGAAGAAAUCAAAUCAAUCGUCUCUCAUCGGAAGCGAUUCUGUUUAUGAACGCUAUCGAUUUCAUUGGUAACCGAUGGAAUCACCUGGUGCUGCGAAGGACACCUCAAUUAUCGUGGUGACGCUCGAUUCCGACGAAGUCUACAUCAUCGCGAGCCUCUGCACCCGAACGGACACUCAGGUAAUCUACGUGGAUCCAACCACCGGUGCACUUCGCUACGAAGCCAAGUUAGGGUUCGAUCUAUUCAAGUCUCAGAAGGAGGCUUUGGAUUUCAUCACCAACGGGUCGCGAUUCGGGUGCAAGAGCCGCACCUAUGCUAGGGCUAUAUUAGGUUACGCCGCGUUCGGUAACCUCGCGUUGCUCCUUGUGGCUACUAGGUUAACUCCUAGUGUUCCCAAUUUGCCUGGUGGAGGUUGCAUUUACACGGUGGCUGAGAGCCAGUGGGUCAAGAUUUCGCUGCAGAACGCGUUGGUGCAGGGGAAAGGAGAGGUGAAGAAUGUUCAGGAGUUGACUGAACUUGAUAUUGAUGGGAAGCAUUAUUUCUGUGAGACUAGGGAUAUUACUCGCCCUUUUCCGAGUCGCUUGCCGGUGCACGAACCGGAUCAGGAGUUUGUUUGGAAUGGAUGGUUCUCGACGCCGUUUGUUAAUAUUGGAUUGCCGCGCCAUUGCGUCACUCUCCUGCAGGGGUUUGCAGAAUGUCGAACUUUUGGAAGCUCAGGUCAACUAGAAGGUAUUGUUGCUCUCACCGCUCGUCGGAGCAGGCUACACCCGGGUACUCGUUACUUGGCAAGGGGGCUAAAUUCAUGUUUUAGUACAGGGAAUGAAGUGGAGUGUGAGCAACUCGUAUGGGUUCCCAAACGAACUGGUCAAAGUGUACCUUUCAACACAUACGUGUGGCGAAGAGGCACUAUUCCUAUCUGGUGGGGUGCAGAACUGAAAAUCACAGCUGCUGAAGCUGAAAUUUAUGUUUCAGAUUGUGAUCCUUAUAAAGGAAGUGUACAAUAUUAUCAAAGAUUGAGUAAGAGAUAUGAUGCUCGGAAUAUAGAUAUACGUGCCGGUGAGAAUUCAAACCGAAAAGCUCUGGUUCCAAUUGUAUGCAUUAAUUUGCUUCGAAAUGGAGAAGGAAAGUCCGAGUCCAUUUUGGUUCAACAUUUUGAAGAGUCUAUAAACUUUGUUAGAUCAACUGGGAAGCUUCCGUAUACUCGGGUCCAUUUGAUAAAUUAUGACUGGCACGCCAGUAUAAAAUUAAAAGGUGAACAACAAACAAUUGAAGGCUUAUGGAAAUUUCUAAAAGCACCCACUGUAUCCAUAGGUAUAUCUGAAGGGGAUUAUUUGCCAUCACGACAGAGAAUAAAUGAUUGCAGAGGGGAAGUUAUCUACAAUGAUGAUUUUGAAGGUGCAUUCUGCUUAAGAACACAUCAAAAUGGGAUAGUACGUUUUAAUUGUGCUGAUUCUCUGGAUAGGACCAAUGCUGCUAGUUUUUUUGGUUGCCUUCAAGUAUUCAUGGAGCAAUGUAGACGGCUAGGGAUAUCACUUGAUAGUGAUCUGGCAUUUGGUUAUCAGUCAAUGAAUAAUAAUUAUGGUGGAUAUACUGCUCCACUGCCACCUGGGUGGGAGAAGCGAUCUGAUGCAGUAACAGGAAAAACAUAUUAUAUUGAUCAUAAUACAAGAACCACCACAUGGAUGCAUCCAUGUCCUGACAAACCAUGGAAGAGGUUUGACAUGACAUUUGAGGAGUUCAAGCGGUCUACAAUUUUGUCUCCUGUAUCUCAGCUUGCUGACCUUUUUCUACUUGCUGGGGAUAUUCAUGCUACUCUUUACACUGGGUCUAAAGCAAUGCACAGCCAGAUACUUAGCAUAUUCAAUGAAGAAACAGGAAAGUUUAAACAGUUUUCUGCUGCACAGAAUGUGAAAAUCACUUUGCAACGAAGAUAUAAGAAUGCAGUUGUGGAUAGCUCUCGUCAAAAGCAGUUAGAAAUGUUCCUUGGAAUGAGGCUUUUCAAGCAUCUUCCAUCAAUUUCUCUUCAACCUCUACAUGUACCAUCUCGGCCGUCUGGUUUUGUUAUCAAACCAAUUGCAAACUUAAUUCCCAUUUCUGGUGGUGAAGCUAGUCUUCUGAGUUUCAAAAGAAAAGGACUAGUCUGGAUUUGUCCACAGCCUGCAGAUGUAGUUGAAAUCUUUAUUUAUCUUGGUGAGCCUUGCCAUGUUUGUCAGCUUCUUCUCACAAUAUCCCAUGGUGCAGAUGAUUCAACUUAUCCAUCAACAGUUGAUGUACGGACAGGAUGCCAUCUAGAUGGGCUUAAACUGGUCUUAGAGGGUGCUUCAAUACCACUCUGUGCGAGUGGGACCAACUUAUUAAUACCCUUACCUGGGGUAGUUAAUACUGAAGACAUGGCUAUAACUGGAGCAAACUCUCGACUACAUGCCCAAGAUGCAUCACCUUUGUCAUUACUGUAUGAUUUUGAGGAACUUGAGGGAGAGUGGGAUUUCCUUACACGUGUGGUUGCACUAACCUUUUAUCCAACUGUUUCUGGAAGAAAUCCACUAACGCUUGGUGAGAUUGAAAUCCUUGGAGUUCCUCUGCCUUGGAGGGACAUAUUUACUAAUGAAGGCCCUGGUACAAGGUUAAUUGAGCAUGCCAAGAAGUUUAAAGAGGAGCUCAAUCCCUUUUUAUCUGAUUCAGAUUCAAAUCCAUUUAACCCUUCAUCCACAGAAAAAGUAUCACCACCCAUGCAAGAAGGCACUUCUGGUGACCUUUUGAUUGACCUCCUGUCUGGGGAGGAACCACUUCCGCACCCACUUGCAAAUGUUGUUUGCCAGGAAAGAGACCCACUUGAUUUCUUGGACCUGGGUGUUGAAUAUCAUAAUGCCAAAAGUGAUUGUAAAGUUUCAUCUGAAGAUGCAAGACAUUCAGAUACUAAUGCUGAACAAUAUUUAAAAUGCUUGAGGACUCUCGCAGGGCCAAAUUUGCAAAGAAAGCUUGACUUCAUUGAAGCCAUGAAACUUGAAAUUGAACGCCUUAAGUUGAAUCUUUCUGCUGCUGAAAGGGAUAGAGCCCUGCUAUCUGUUGGAAUGGAUCCUGCAACCAUAAAUCCUAAUACACUGCUUGACGAAGCUUACAUGGGAAGAUUAUCUAAAGUUGCAAGUAAUCUUGCAUUGCUUGGAGAAGCUUCUCUUGAAGAUAAACUUGUUGCUGCAAUUGGUCUUGGGACUGUUGAUGAUAAUCCAGUAGAUUUCUGGAAUAUUAUCAGAAUUGGGGAAACCUGCUAUGGUGGCAAGUGUGAGGUGCGUGCUGAAACUAAAAAGGCAGUUCAUUCAUCUAACGUGACAUCGGCUGGUCCUUCAGAACCUGUGUUCGUGUGUUCUCAAUGUGAAAGGAAGGUUUGCAGAGUUUGCUGUGCUGGUAGAGGGGCACUUCUGCUUCUAGGAUAUAACUCAAGAGAGGUUAUGAAUUACAAUGGUGCAUCAAGCCAAAGUGGCCAAGUUGACUUACCUGUAAAUCGUUUAUUAGCUCGGGAUGGUAUAAUUUGUAAACGGUGCUGCCAGGAUAUUGUGCUUCAUGCAUUGAUUUUGGACUAUGUGAGGGUUCUGAUUAGCUUACGGAGAACAGAACGUGUGGAAAAGGCUGCUUACAAUGCUUUGAAGCAAAUCAUUGGAUCAUCUUGGGAUGGUCUUUUAGAAAAGAACCAGGCCUCUGACUGCAAGUCUGCCAGCCAAGCAGUACAGUUGUUGCUGAACGGAUAUGAAUCCCUGGCUGAAUUUCCUUUAGCCAGCUUUUUACACCCGGUUGAAACAGCAGCAGAUUCUGCUCCAUUUUUGUCAUUGCUUGCCCCAUUUAAUUCUGGUUUGCGAUUAUCAUAUUGGAAAGCUCCAUCUAGUGUCACCUCAGUCGAAUUUGGAAUUGUCCUUGGUAAUAUUUCUGAUGUUAGUGGGGUUAUAUUGAUAGUCAGCCCAUGUGGCUACUCUAUGGCUGAUGUUCCAAUUGUGCAAAUUUGGGCAAGUAACAAAAUACACAAGGAAGAAAGAUCCUUAAUGGGAAAAUGGGAUUUGCAAUCUGUGAUUAAAGCUUCCUCGGAAUUAUAUGGCCCUGAAAAGGCAGGAACAGAGCAUAAAGUGCCAAGACAUGUGAAGUUUCCCUUCAAGAAUUCCGUUCGAUGCCGCAUAAUUUGGAUAAGUUUACGCCUUCAGCGACCUGGAUCUAGUUCUAUAAAUAUCGGAAAUGACUUCAAUCUGUUGUCUCUAGAUGAGAACCCUUUUGCACAAGAAACUCGGCGUGCAUCUUUUGGAGGAUCUGCUGAAAGUGAACCCUGUCUUCAUGCCAAGAGGAUUUUAGUGGUCGGAAGCCCCAUUAGAAAGGAAAUUGAUCUUAAGCAGCAACAAAGCUCUGACCAGGUGACCAUGACAGGGUGGUUGGAAAGAGCUCCACAGCUAAAUAGAUUCAAGGUUCCAAUUGAGGCUGAAAGAUUGUUGGACAAUGAUCUUGUCCUGGAGCAGUAUCUGUCUCCUGCUUCUCCCUUGCUUGCGGGGUUUCGAUUAGAUGCCUUCAGCGCAAUCAAGCCUCGGGUUACCCAUUCUCCUUUGUCUGAUGUACAUAACAAGAAUUUUUCAUCCCUUUUGGAUGACAGAUACAUCACUCCAGCUGUAUUGUAUAUACAAGUAUCUGUUCUCCAGGAAUACCAUAGCAUGGUAACUGUUGGUGAGUACCGAUUACCUGAGGCUAGGGCUGGAACACCGAUGUACUUUGAUUUCCCUAAGCAGAUACAAACUCGCAGAAUUUCAUUCAAACUGCUUGGAGAUGUUGCAGCUUUUACGGAUGACCCAUCUGAACAAGAUGAUUCUGGUACUAGAAUUUCUCCAUUGGCAGUAGGACUAUCUUUGUCCAAUAGAAUUAAGCUGUAUUACUAUGCUGAUCCAUAUGACCUUGGGAAAUGGGCUAGCCUGGGAGCAGUUUAGUUACACGUCAGUACUUUGGUUAUUACAUUGGUUGUUUGUGCAAGUUUUCACAUUUUGUUGUAUUAUGGUAUGUAAAGCUCAUUCAUUGGUGUAACAAUAUUGUAGGAUUAUUCUACUAGGGACAUUAGUAAUGCAUUUCUGGCCACUUGUGGUUAGCAUGGAAAGGUGGGAGUUUUGAUUUUGGUUGGAGGUUCAAUUUUAGGAGCUCAUUAGUCUGCUAAGAGUGAAAUUCAUUUUUGACUCGUUUAUCUUCAAUGUAUUUGUUUUUUUUAUUUAAUAUUUUUACAGAUCUAGUACAAGAGAUAGGCUCUGGUUGAAAUAUUUUACGUUGUAGGAGGUUUCAAUUAUGUCAUCGAAACUGGCAAGCUGACGAACACUUGAUCAUAUAGCAUAAUUUCUCUUUAUCCUGUUACAUUGUGUGUGUACCCUUCUCGUUCCUUCAUCUUCAUGAUCCUCUUGGGAGAGGAUGGAUAAUGGUUAUAGAUAUUUUAUGGGCUCAUUUAAUA